CAAUGAGAACCUAAUGAGAAGAGGGGUAAUCCUUAUGCUCUAGUAGUUUGUUUUCUGGGUCCUGCGGUAUCCUGAAUUACGCUAGGCUAGGCUGAGACCGUUCCCGGCGUCAGGGUGAAGCGUGGUGGGUCUGCAGUGUCUAUGUUCGCUGUCCGCUCCCUGAUCAAGAUGUCGGGCCACAAUCCAUUGUUGAGGCUGGAGCAGCGAGCAGCAGAAGCUGACCAGAUCAUUGAAUACCUCAAGCAGCAAGUCCAACUGCUCAAGGAGAAAGCAAUUGUCCAGGCCAGUGUGAGAGAAGAAAAGAAACUGAUGGUGGAAAAUGCCAAACUGAAGAGUGACAUCGAAGAGCUGAAAAAACAGCUCCUGGACAAAGAGAAAAGCAGAGGAGUGCUAGAUGUUGCGAUGCCGGUACCGGAGGUAAAUGCUGAGUGCACUUCAAAGCCGGCGGCUCCCAAACCUGCCGCUGCCACACCGGCUGCCUGCAGCGCACCUGAGGUCCAGAGCCCUUCACUCAAAGAUGACAGCAAGAAGAAGAAGCCAGAGAAGAAAGAAAAAGGAGAGAAGAAGACGGCUGCUCCAAGUCAGGAAGAGGCGAAGGUGGACGUGUCUCGCCUGGACCUGCGCGUCGGACGCAUCAUCACCGCCGAGAAGCACCCGGACGCCGACAGCCUCUACGUUGAGCAGGUGGACGUGGGCGAGGCCGCCCCGAGAACCGUUGUCAGCGGGCUGGUCAAGCACAUACCAGUAGAGCAGAUGCAGAACCGCAUGGCCGUCCUGAUGUGUAACCUGAAACCAGCCAAAAUGAGAGGAGUCGUGUCCCAAGCUAUGGUGAUGUGCGCCAGCUCCCCGGACAAAGUGGAGAUCCUGGAUCCUCCCAGCGGAGCAGUGCCUGGAGACAGGGUGACGUUCCAGGGAUUUCCAGGUGAACCUGACAAAGAGCUGAACCCCAAAAAGAAAGUGUGGGAGCAAAUUCAGCCAGACCUGCGCACCGACGACCAGUGUGUCGCAACCUACAAGGGCUCUGCUUUUGAAGUCGCCGGCAAGGGAGUGUGCAAAGCCCAAACUAUGAGCAACAGUGGAAUCAAAUAAAAGAACAGCCUUCUGCCUUAAAGCUGCGCAGCCUUCGCUCUCAGCCACAAUCAUCCUCUUUGAUGACAGACUGAAAAACAUGACGGCGGAAGGAAGCAAAUGCUUUAAAGAUGUUUAAUAAAGACUUGAAAAUGA